CCACUGCCGGGUGGCACCCCCCAGGUUUCUCCGCCGAUGCCGCAAGGUCACGUAUCACGGGUGUCAUAGUUAUCUGACAGUGACAUAGCUGACCAGCAGAUCGCGAAAGAACCAUGCAGUACCGGGUCUCCACGAACCUUGACAGAUGACAGGCAGUUUUGCGGGGGGGGUGAAGCUGGCAUCGUCGCCGUCUAGAGCGGCAGGGAUGGGCCGAAUGCGGGCAUGCUUUUAUCGAUAAGCGAGCAUAGCCUUUUCCGUCCCAAAAUUUCUUCCAUGCCCCUCCACCAUAGCCCACCUUCAGUAGACUAUUGACUCACCACUCAGUUGCUUCAAUACAUUCCCCCCCUUUCGCACAGAUGGCUACCACUUCCGAUUCGGCUCCGGCCUCCUGCAAGGUCAUGCUCUCCAAGCAUGUCGCCAAUGGCCUGAUUGCGGAGGUCAAGGAGGGCCUCAAGACCCUGGAGAAGGCACCUCAUUUGGUGGGAUUCCUCGCCAACAACGACCCCGCGGCAUUGAUGUAUGCCCAGUGGACGGAGAAGACUUGUCAGGAAAAUGGGUUCCGCUACUCGCUCCGUGAAGUUGCCCGCGAUGACCUCGAGCAAGCCAUUCUCGCUGCCAAUGCCGACUCCGAUGUUAACGGCAUCAUCGUAUACUACCCCAUCUUCAACAACCGCCAGGACCAGUACCUGCAGCAGAUUGUGGACAUAAAUAAGGAUGUAGAGGGCCUGAGCCACCGUUACAUCUUCAACAUGUACCAGAACAUUCGCUUCCUUGACCCCGAGACCAAGAAGCAGAAGUGCAUUCUCCCCUGCACCCCUCUGGCCGUCAUCAAGAUCCUCGAAUACCUCAACAUUUACAACACGAUAUUGCCGUAUGGAAACCGCCUCUUCGGACACACCAUCUGUGUUGUGAACCGCUCUGAGGUGGUUGGUCGUCCUCUCGCCGCCUUGUUGGCCAACGACGGUGCCUGCGUGUACAGUGUCGAUAUCACCGGUGUUCAGAAGUUCACCCGUGGCGAGGGUCUGAAGAAGGGCAGACACGAGGUCGUCGACCUGGAGGGCAAGACCCUGAAGGAUGUGGCACCUUUGUGUGAUGUUGUCAUCUCUGGUGUCCCUGGAGAAAAGUACAAGUUCGACACCAGCCUGCUCAGAGAGGGUGCUGUGUGUGUCAACUUCUCCAGCGAGAAGAACUUCGGACCCGAGGUGAAGGAGAAGGCCUCCCUCUUCGUGCCUUCGAUUGGAAAGGUCACGAUCGUUGUCUUGCUCCGCAACUUGCUGAGACUCAUCCAAAACAGCAGAAUGGAUGACGUGAAGCCUGCUGAAGCCACCGAGCGCCCCGGAACCCUGGAAGCCGCUUCGUAAUCAUGUUCUACGACAAUUAUCCUCUAAAACGUGCGACGGGAGACGAUAUUAAGCAGAGCCAGCCAUAGAUUCCUUUUCUUCUCUAUUUUCUGUUUUAUCACUUGAACCUGAGUCAUAUAUUAUAUGUAACUCGACUUGCAUAAAAAGACAAAAGCUUUGUCGCAUUUUGGUUAGAACCCCACAUGGCUCUGGUUUCGCUGAGCAACUCAACGCAUGAGAAAUGAAUAUACAUGAAUCAU